AUGGAGCUGGUCCUGGCCCACAGGCCUCCCAACCAGCAAGGAGGGCUGCUGCUGGCUGCCCUUCUAGAUGAGGCUUCACAGAACAAGGUGUGCACCCCGGCGUGGGGGGGUGGUGUGCAUGCUAACAGCAGCCCAAGAACAGUGCGUUUGACGGUGACAUUUUAUGGGCCGCCUCUCUUCGGCCUGAAAUGUUCUCUCUCUUCCCUCCCCCCGGUCCCCUACCCCUCUCUCGUCUGUCUCUUCCCAGAGGGUAUGAACUGCAUGAACAAAGACCACGGCUGUGCCCACAUCUGCCGGGAGACGCCCAAAGGUGGGGUGGCCUGUGACUGCAGGCCCGGCUUUGACCUUGCCCAAAACCAGAAGGACUGCACACUAACCUGUAACUAUGGAAACGGAGGCUGCCAGCACAGCUGUGAGGACACGGACACGGGCCCCAUGUGUGGCUGCCACCAGAAGUACGCCCUCCACUCAGACGGUCGGACGUGCAUCGAGAAGGAUGAGGCUGCAAUUGAGCGCUCUCAGUUCAAUGCCACGUCAGUAGCUGAUGUGGACAAGCGGGUGAAACGGCGGCUCCUCAUGGAGACGUGUGCAGUAAACAACGGAGGCUGCGACCGGACCUGCAGGGAUACGGCCACUGGCGUGCGGUGCAGCUGCCCCGUGGGAUUCACGCUGCAGCCCGACGGGAAGACGUGCAAAGACAUCAACGAGUGCCUGGCCAACAACGGGGGCUGCGACCACUUCUGCCGCAACACCGUGGGCAGCUUCGAGUGCGGCUGCCGGAAGGGCUACAAGCUGCUGACCGACGAGCGGACGUGCCAAGACAUCGACGAGUGCUCCUUCGAGCGGACCUGUGACCACAUCUGCAUCAACUCCCCGGGCAGCUUCCAGUGCGAGUGUCACCGUGGCUACACACUCUAUGGGACAACCCACUGCGGAGAUGUGGACGAGUGCAGCAUGAACAACGGGAGCUGUGACCAGGGCUGCGUCAACACCAAGGGCAGCUACGAAUGCGUCUGCCCCCCGGGGAGGCGGCUCCACUGGAACCGGAAGGACUGUGUGGAGACAGGCAAGUGCCUUUCUCGGGCCAAGGCCUCCCCCUGGGCCCAGCUGUCCUGCAGCAAGGUGGGCGGCGUGGAGAGCUGCUCCCUUUCCUGCCCAGCCCACUCACUCUUCGUGCCAGACUCGGAAAACAGCUACAGCCUGAGCUGCGGGGUCCCGGGUCUCCAGGGCAAGAUGCCGCCGAAGCAUAACAACACCAGCUCCAGCACUGGGCCCAGCUGCUCAGGUGUGCCUGCCCCCGUCAGGCAGAAGGCCCGCUUCAAGAUCCGAGACGCCAAGUGCCACCUCCGGCCCCACAGCCGGGAGCCAGCAAAGGAGGCCCUGAGGCAGCUGCUGCUGGAAAACUGCCAUCUGACCUUUGUGACCCUCAAAUGUGACUCCUCCAAGAAGAGGCGCCGUGGCAAAAAGUCCCCAUCCAAGGAGGUGACCCACAUCACAGCGGAGUUCGAGGUGGAGACAAAGAUGGAAGAGGCGUCAGACACCUGUGAGGCGGACUGCAUGCGGAAGCGCGCCGAGCAGAGCCUGCAGGCCGCCAUCAAGACUCUGCGGAAGUCCAUCGGCCGGCAGCACUUCUCCAUCCAGGUCGCAGGCACAGAGUACGCGAUGGCCCAGUGGCCGGCCAAGGCCCUGGAGGGCCAGGGGGCGUGCGUCACAGGCCAGGUGUUACAGGACGGGAAAUGCGUGGCCUGCGGGCCUGGCACCUACUUCAGCGGAGAGCCUGGCCAGUGUGUGCCAUGCGCGCCGGGGUCCUACCAGGACGGGGACGGCCAACUCAGCUGCAUGCCAUGCCCCAGCAGCGACGGGCUCGGCCUGGCUGGUGCCCGCAACGUAUCCGAAUGUGGAGGCCAGUGUUCCCCAGGCUUCUUCUCCCCGGAUGGCUUCAGGCCCUGCCAGGCCUGCCCAGUGGGCACAUACCAGCCUGAGCCUGGGCGCACAGGGUGCUUCCCCUGCGGAGGGGGGCUGCUCACCAAGCAGGAGGGCACAGUCUCCUUCCAAGACUGCGAGGCCAAAGUGCACUGUUCCCCGGGGCACCACUACAAUACCAGGACACACCGGUGUAUCCGCUGCCCGGUGGGCACCUACCAGCCCGAGUUUGGCCAGAACCACUGCAUCACCUGCCCGGGCAACACCAGCACGGACUUCGAUGGCUCCACCAACGUCACACACUGCAAAAACCAGCACUGCGGCGGCGAGCUCGGCGACUACACAGGCUACAUCGAGUCCCCCAACUACCCCGGCGACUAUCCGGCCAACGCUGAGUGCGUGUGGCACAUCUCACCGCCCCCCAAGCGCAGAAUCCUCAUCGUGGUCCCCGAGAUCUUCCUGCCCGUUGAGGAUGAGUGCGGCGACGUCCUGGUCAUGAGGAAGAGCGCAUCACCCGCAUCUAUCACCACAUAUGAGACCUGCCAGACCUACGAGAGGCCCAUCGCCUUCACCUCCCGCUCCCGGAAGCUCUGGAUCCAGUUCAAAUCCAAUGAAGGCAACAGCGGCAAAGGAUUCCAAGUGCCCUACGUGACCUAUGACGAGGACUACCAGCAGUUGAUAGAAGAUAUCGUUCGCGAUGGACGGCUCUACGCCUCGGAGAAUCACCAGGAAAUUUUAAAAGACAAGAAACUCAUCAAGGCCCUCUUCGAUGUGUUGGCGCAUCCCCAGAACUACUUCAAGUACACAGCCCAGGAGUCCAAGGAGAUGUUCCCGCGGUCCUUCAUCAAACUGCUGCGCUCCAAAGUGUCCCGAUUCCUGCGGCCCUACAAAUAAUGCCCUGCUCGGGGAUGGGGGGGUGUCCCGACGGGGAGGGGAGAGUGCCUUCCCUCCACAGGAGAGGCUAGAAGGCGGCUCCGCGGGCCUCCACACUCUGCCUCGGGAAGCCACCACGGCGUCUGCCCUUCGGAAACACGGACCAGCCCGUGGGGGUGAGACCACGUCCAGGCCGAGACCCCGGCCCGCCGCACUCCUCGGAUGGCCCCACGGGGAAAACACUGCGGCUUUUCUCCCUCGCUCCCUCUGCCUGUUCGAUUCCAGGACAGCAGCCUCUCCUGAGCCGGCACUAGAGGACCCGCCCGGGGCCGGGACACCCUGUGCGCAGCCAGGUCCUGGGCAGAGAGCACAUUUGGGGGGGGUGGCACGUGGCCUCACCUGACGCCUCGGGGGGUGGGGGCGUGGCUGCCUCUGCCCCCAGGCAAGCUCUGGGAGGCAUCAUCUGAGACAGGAAGCCAGGCUGCGGGAGGAGGGGUGUGGGAAGGCGCCUGGGAGCUUUGAUAAGCCAGUGUCUGCACCUGCAAGGCAUCCGCACCCCACCCCACCCCUCCGGCCACGGGCCCGGGACGCAGGCGCCACGUGGUGAGGCUCUAAGGAUUCUGUGAUGGGACAGAAAAGAGCUGCUAGCGGAGGAAACUGUAGAUUUGUGCUUUCCCUUGAUAGAGCAUCUAAUUAAGUGCUAUAUAUAUAUAUAACUAUAAAUAUAAAUAUAAUAUACUUCUAUUUGUGGGUACUUUAGGAAAAUCCUCUUUAGUGACUAUAAAUAUGAAAUGCAACCCCACCUCUUCCCUCACAGGCUGUUGCCAGCAUCCCUGAGUGAUUAACCGCCCCGCCAGGUGCUUGCCACUGGUUUAUGUGGGGCCGGGAGCCUGCAGGAUGGGGAGAAGGCAGGCUGGUUCUGGACGCACUCUGGAAUACAUAUUUUUGGGGAACUGGGCUCCGAUGCUUUGCUGGAGUGUUGCCCUCAGAUACAAUAUGGUAGAAGGCAGUUUCCCCUUGGGCCCUUUCCUGUGGGUACAGGAGCCCAGCAGUAAACCUUGAAAGGGGCCUGUGCUGACCCUGAGGCCAUGACCUUGGGGUCUGUGCCGUGGCCUCGUGCCACAGGGAAACAAGGCCUUGCCCACGUGAGCACAGGCUGUGCCACCGCGAGAGGCCUCAGAGGGCAGGUGGCCAGCAUCCGAGGCCGGGCCCCGAGAGUGCUGCGCCCCUCGGAGAGUCUGUCUUUAAAGAAGAGAAGUCCAGAGUCUGACCCGGUUGCAUGGUGUCCCCCUCAGCCAGGAAGCCUGCCCCGGGGUAGAGCCAGAAAAGUUCCCGCGGCGCUGAGGCCUCGCCUGCCGGCCGACUGCCAAAGAAACACGCGUAGGAAGCGGUCUGUAUCUUUAGGGCUAACAAAUGUUCACAAUUCCAAGAAACGUGGGAGAAUCUUAAAAUGAAGCCCAGUGACCCGUCCCAGGUGCCCCUAGGCUGUGUCCUCCUCGUGCCCCCACGGACCCACGCUGAGCGAAGGGCACGGUUUGAGACCCGUCCAUGGCACGCUGCGGAUGGUGAAGCCUGGGGCCGGGCGCGUGGGGUCUGGGGGUCGAUGACAAGGCAGGCCGGGACAGUUUCACAAUCCAGAACAGGGCUGGGGGCUCAGAAAUCGUUCCCUGCCGCCGCCCACGUCAGCAACGGCAAGUCCGCAGUUUGACAAACGCUCUGCCGCCAGCGCCUUUUCUGCCAACAACCAGCUCAGGUCGGGAAGGGGCCUGGUGGGCAGAUCAGUGUGAGCCCUGAGCCCUGUCUGGGCCCACACCACCCUCCCCCGCUCACGGGCCGUGAAGGCCAGCCUCAGUCUCCAGCAAGACGCCUGUCUUCCCUCCCAAGCCAUUGCGCAUCCCCAGAAAUUAGACGAGCGUCCUCCAGAACGGCCCCGAACAGCAACCACCCAGGCGAGGGGACAGGGAGGGGCUUUUUAAUAAUGUUCUCAAAACAGGACCAGAAGGGCUCUAACCUUUCUUGAAUGCUUCCUGCUGCCCCUGUGGGUGGUUUCGGGCAGUCGCCACCCACAAACCGCCCUAAAACACUGGCCUUUCCAGUGGGAGCCCACCCAUGUCCCGUGGCUCUCCCCACCACUGUGGUCGGACGGGCCCGGUGUUCCCCCAACAGAGCAGGACAGAUGUGGGGCCCCUUGCCCUCACAAGUACCAGGAAGCCACCCCAAUUUGCCAGCUGCCGGCACAUCGCCAUCAGGGGCACUCAGUCCAGGAUGGGGUUUGUCCUUCGUCUCGAUGUCAGCCCUGAGCCCCACCCUGGGGAACUUGAGGCUCCCACUGUUAAAGCCAGCGCUGUCCCCGGUCGUCGGAGCCUGGUGGCCAUGGGAGAGCUUCCUGGGCAACAAAGCACAUCUGUCCAUGUUCCCGUGUUGUGGAAGCUGGUGGCAGGGCUCGAGAUGUGGAGGGGCUGAGCCAGAAGGAGCACACCCCCCUCGUGGAUGGGACAUUGGCCUUGAGCAGCCCCAGGCCAGCCACCGUCGCCCCUCGCCUGGCACGGACCCUCGGCUGCUGGCCAGUCAAUAAACUCCAAGGAAGAGAGCUAAGGAAGAGGCUUCUGGAAGCAAAAGCUUGCCCAGUCGGCCGGGACUGAAAGGGGCCAAGGCCUGGAAGUCCUGAGGAGCUUGGCUCUGCUCCUCGUGGGGUGGCCGGGGACGCUCUCGGAGGAUGGCAGUGGAAGACCGAGGGGCGCCCCCCCGCACCAGGUGCCCGAUGACGGCGGUCAGGUGGGACCCAGGAGUGGCGGACCUGGAAGAAGCCCUCUGCCCCGCACCCCCUGGCGUCUCCGGGCUCUCUGCUUCCAUGGAAACAUGCGGAGGAAAAGAAGAGACUCUGCCUCAGGUCCAGUGGCCAGCUGGGCCCUCAGCGAGUGAGUGCUGGGGUCACCUCAUCUGCCUCCGAAUUAGGCUAUUUUCCCAGCUACGCUCUUGCCUGAGCCAGGGCCUUGCAGCCGCGGUGUUGUGCUGGCCUCUCCCCCCGCCCCGGGCUCUCCACUUAGUCUCAACUCACCCCAGCAGGUGGCCUGGGCCAGUGGUGGUGACCUCGCUCUGCCCAGCUCUAGCUCCCCAGGGGCAGUCUUUGCCAGUCCCUCCUCACCUCUGUGGCGACAGAAUCAAGGGGCCGUGGGGCCCAAGGUGGCGGCCUCAGACAGCUUUCCCUUCUGCCGUCCGUUGGUUUGGGACACGCAGAUGAAGUAGAACCGUAACCUGGGCCAGAAAGUCACCAGAGACAAAUGGCCCCAAGAGGCUGCUUCUGAGAGCCCAAAGACAGAACUUCUUUCCUUCAACCUCUUAAAACCAUGUUUCCUACCAGAACAUUCAUUCCCCGGGGGACACGGCCAAGAUCAGCCGUUUUCCACGACAAUAGGCCCCAGCCUGCUGGAGCUAGAGUGGGGGUCUGAGUGACAUUUGGGGGGUUGGAUAAUUAUACAAAGGUCUCCACCCACCACCCUCAGCAGGAAAAUAAGAUACUGAGCUAAGUUAGGUCAUUUAGCAAACAUUUGCUGAGCGCUUACUGCGUGCCAGGCUCCUAGGAAGGAGGAGAGACCACAGCCAUGGGGCUGGCAGAAUCCCCGGCAAAGUCCCUCUUGGUCCCAGAGAUAAAGGAGAUUGAGGCUGGCCUGGGGGUGGACAGAGCCCAGUGCUCCUCCGGAGAAGGCACUCCGUCCUUCCAGCGCCUCCCAGCGCCCCGGGUGGGGAUGGAGGGCCUCGACAGAGGGCAGAGCCGAGCAGGGGUCGCCAGAGGCGUCCCGAAGUCCAUCUCCCAAAGGAGGAACUGCCGCCCGCCCGGCCUCACCAUGUGGCCGCCCUCCCCCCAAACCCCGGCAGAGAGCGACGCGGAGAAGAGCGCAGCCACCAUGCCGAGGACAGCAACCUCCACCCCGCGCAAGAUGUCCCUGUCUUCGCCACGGAUCCACAUGGUGGCCGCUCAGCCCUUCUGACCAGGGUGACAGCGCCGACCUCAUUCAGGCCAGUGGCAGAAGGACCGGCGUUUGAGAGACACUACCUGUCCACACGGAGAGUCGAAGCAGCCAGCUCCUUUCCUCCCGUGGCUGCCUCUGGAGGCGCUAGUUCUGAGCACCUGCUGUUUGCCAGACAGAGGUGUGGCGCGGAGCUGGAGUCAGCCGUGUCCAGCUGGCUUCUUGGAGAGGGCAGCGGGGGGGCAGGCCAGCCCCAGGCCCAGACGCCGGAAGCGUGGCCACGCGUUCCCUCCCAGCACCCUGCACAGAUGGCCCCCAAAGAGUAGGACCCUCUGUUUCUCUGAGGCCCCAGAUGGGCCCCUCGAGUCUCAAGAGGAAGCAGUGAAAGGCCUGAGUCCCCCAGUCGCCAGGCUCUGGGGGGCAAUCCUCAGGGCCCUGCGAGGCAGGUGGGGCCUGAUGCUCCUCGGACGCAGAGGGCGAGACUCUAGGAGGCCCAGUGACAUGCCCCCAGCGAAUAGCUAGUAGUUGGUGGAACGGAGACUCAAACCCAAGUCCAUCGAAACCCAGGGUAGGAGAUGUCUGUCUGUGGGAUGUUGACAACUGAAUUGUACGGAUUGGGAAUGCGCUGGGGAGCUCCGGGGCAGGGAUGUGGCAGGUAGGGAGGACGGAGGUGGAGGAGUGUGGACGUAGUGACCUCCCCUCCCUCUGGAACAAGCGCUAAAGUCAGAGGAAGGCCGGCUUCUGCCUUCUCCCCUACGUGGACAGGAUGGAAGUGUCCGUUCAGACUCGGGCCCACAGGCCAACCACGGCCCUGCGCACCCCCAGAGAGAUGCUGUGCGCCCCCCGUCGGCCCCUCUCGCAGGCUCCGGCACGCAAACAUGAGACAACGCGGGUGUCCCUCGGCAGACCGUGGGCUGAAAAGUAGGGGCACAAAGAGAGCUCACUGGUGCCCAGGACUUUGUUUUCCAGUUCAGAGGCCAUGUAGAUCCCAAGAAAGGUCUUAGUCCACUGAGAUCAGAACCUUGAACAGCCUGAGCAGAGCCAGUCCGUACCUUGAAAUGGGUUAUCUGAACACCGCUGGGGGACCUGGGGGGGGGAGGGGGCCAGGGGAGGCAGGGAGGGGAGCAGAGCGCUGGGCCCUUGUUCCCCCAGCCUCCGCUUUGGGUUCUGUGAAGGCGCUGUACUGUCCAGGCACUCUGGCAACCCUUCUGUCCACAAGGGUGACAGAUAUCGGCGCAAUCAUGUUUUUAUUUCGGUUGCCUCGAAUAUUCAAGGUUUUGUCUUCUCCCUCCUGUUCAUACAUAUGCAUGUAAUUAAAUGUUUGUGGAAAUUACUUUAAUAAUAAACAGGAAACGAACCUAAA